AGUUAAUAAAAUGAUUGAGUUCAGUCGAAUCGUUCAAACGAAACGGAGGUGUAAAUCUAAGCAACGCGUACAUCAACAGAAUUUAGACGGUUACAAGUGGUUUGAAAAAAAAAAUUCCAAAGAUUCUUAACUUUAUUUCAUAACAAAAAGAAGAAGACAAGUGAAAAAAUAAAAACGAAAAUGUUGAAAUUUGUGUUGGUUCUAUCAGUGAUUGUGGCUUUGGUGGUUAUGCCAUGCCAAGAAGCUGCUGCCUUCAAAGUGAUUUCCAUUCAUAAAGGUUCAAUUGCAUCAGUCCCUGCUGCCGCAGCUGCUCCUGCUCCCGCCCCAGCUUUAGAUCCCAGUGCCCUGUUGAAAGGUGUUCAAUCAGCUAUUGCCGGAAAACUGCAACAGGUUCAAGCUUUGGUCGGCUCCUUGGUACAACAGAAGGUAGCUCUUAAACAAAACGCUUUGAACUCCAUACAAAGCACUUUGGGUAGUCUUAAGAGCCAAGUCCAGGGUUUGGCCGGCCAGGUGCGACCACCAUUUGUGAUUCGCAAACAAAUCUAUGUUGGUCCACCACCAACAGCCCAUGCUCCCGAAGCCACAACCACAGCCGAUGUUGAUGCUACCACCGUUACGGAAUAAAAA